GUCGACACAAAAAUCCACCUCGGACCAAUGUCGCCCGUAGCAAUCCCCCAGGCCUCCCAAGAGGUCUCCACAAUCGUCAAAGAUGCCUCAAAGAAAAUCGACGUCGAUAACGUCGUAAUCGACUACAUCCAAGGCUACCUCGCUGACCUCGCCUCCGAUGAUCCCGUUGACGAUGAGUCGUAUGUUGCGGCGUUAGACUUUGCGCAUGAGCUUUUGGUCGAUGCUGGUGGUGAUGAUUUGCUCGUUGCGGCGCUUUGUGAGAAGUUGAGUGAGAUUUUUGAGGAGAGGGAGAAAGCACGACCGCGGUUGGACGAGGCUGUGCAGAUUGGAGCACAAUCCAAGUUCUCUGCGGCUGGAAACCUUCUCGCUGGCAGUGUCGAUCUCGAUGCUACUGCCUCGAGGAAGAUCGAGUCGAGGGUCGAUAAGAAGAAGUUGGAGAAGGCGGAGAAGAAACUCAAGGCGAAGCUGGAGAAACGACACGAAGGCUCCCUCGUGAAGAUCAACUACGAAUCCUCGAAAUUGAUUGAAGAGGAUCAGCAGGCAUACGAGGAGUUUUACAUGCAAGUCAACCCCCUCCAAAUGGGUGCCUCCAAGAACAAGAGCAAGGAUAUUAAGAUUGACGGUAUCGAUCUCUUCUUCACCGGAAAGCGUAUUCUAUCAGAUGCCUCGCUCACCCUCUCAUACGGACGGCGAUACGGUCUCACCGGUAUCAACGGAGUCGGCAAAUCCACUCUCCUACGUGCUCUGUCCCGUCGUGAGAUCGCGGUGCCUACACACAUCACGAUCCUCCACGUCGAGCAAGAAAUCGUCGGUGACGAAACCACCGCCAUCCAAUCUGUUUUGGACGCAGAUGUCUGGCGCAAAUACUUGCUCGCUGAGCAGGAUCGUAUCACGGCCAAGCUUGCUGAGAUCGACGCCAAGGUCGCGGAGAGUAAGGAGGGUGUUACGCGAGCAAUCGAGAAGGAGCGCGAGAGUUUGGAUUCGGAUCUCAGUGAUAUCCAUGUUAAACUCGCAGAGAUGGAUGCGGAUAAAGCAGAAUCGAGAGCGGCUUCUAUUUUGGCUGGUCUCGGUUUCUCGCCCGAGGGGCAGAAGCAGGCGACCAAGUCCUUCUCGGGUGGUUGGCGUAUGCGUCUCGCCCUCGCUCGUGCACUAUUCUGCAAACCUGAUUUGUUGUUGCUUGAUGAGCCGUCGAACAUGUUGGAUGUCCCUUCGAUUGCGUUCUUGGCCAACUACCUUAGGGGAUAUCCUUCUACUGUCCUUGUCGUAUCUCACGAUCGUUCUUUCUUGAACGAAGUCGCGACGGAUAUUAUUCAUCAGCAUUCUGAGCGGUUGGAUUACUACAAGGGUAACUUCGAUUCGUUCUAUGCUACGAAGGAGGAGAGACACAAGAACCAGGUUAGGGAGUAUGAGCGACAAAUGGGGGAGAGGAAACAUUUGCAGGCGUUCAUCGACAAGUUCAGAUACAACGCCGCGAAAUCGAGUGAAGCACAAUCGCGUAUCAAAAAGUUGGAGAAGAUGCCUGUUCUCGAAUUACCGGAGGAAGAGGAUAAGGUCACUUUCAAGUUCCCUGAUGUGGAGGGUUUGAGUCCCCCGAUUAUUCAGAUGGCGAAUGUGACGUUCGGGUAUAACACCGAAAAGACCAUCCUCAAGAGCGUAGACAUUGAUGUUCAGAUGGAUUCGAGAAUUGGUAUUAUUGGACCAAAUGGAGCUGGUAAAUCCACGAUGCUCAAGCUCUUGAUCGAGCAACUCACUCCCCUCAAGGGUAUGGUUCAACGACACCCCCGUCUGAGACUUGGGUAUUUUGCGCAGCAUCAUGUUGAUGCACUCGAUUUGAGCGCGAGUCCCGUGACGUUUAUGCAGAAGAAUUGGCCGGGGAAGCAGGAUGAGGAAUAUCGUCGCCAUCUCGGUAAUUUCGGAAUUGUGGGUAUGACUGGGUUGCAACCUAUCCGCACACUUUCCGGAGGUCAGAAAUCUCGUGUAGCAUUCGCUUGUCUCGGACUCCAGAACCCGCAUAUCCUCGUCCUUGACGAGCCGACUAACCAUCUCGACUUGGGUGGUCUCGACGCUUUGACGGAUGCGUUGAAGAACUUCAAGGGAGGUGUCAUCUUGGUUUCGCAUGAUGUCACUUUCUUGAAUAGUGUUUGUACGAGUUUGUGGGUUUGUCAGGCUGGGACGGUUAAUAAGUUUAGUGGUACGAUUAAGGAGUAUCAGAAGAAGGUUAUUGAGGAUGCUGGAGAGUCUGGUGUUGUUGAGUUCCAUUAGACAUGGGCUUGGCUGUGGGUGUGAGAGGGGAGCGUGGAGGAGCAAACG